CCUUGGAGUGGCUUUCUGAUGUUUCUCUUUGGAUGCAGUUUCCACAAUCACAGAAUCAGGGCGUUAGAGAGCCGUGGAAGUGGCAGGACGAGCAGGUGUUUGGGAGGCAGUUGCCCGGGCAACAGGACCAGGGCGUUCCAGAGGUGGUUGCUAUGGAGAGCGGGAUGCUGACGACGAAGGCUUGCGAGGCUGCAAAGACAAAUUACCCUCAUCAUUAUCUCCAGGCUUGUCAAUCACACCUCUUUGCUUAUUUACCUCUGAGAGGGAGUGAGCACUAGGAGCCCAGGAGGAGAGCGGGGACCAAGCGGCCCAAGUGAGGAGAGGUGCUCUUGUCAAACUUCAGGCCAGGCACCCAGGCAGCCGGCAUCCAGGAUGGCAACCAUCACCUGCAACCGCUUCACCGAAGAAUACCAGCUUUAUGAAGAGCUGGGGAAAGGUGCUUUCUCAAUUGUCAGGAGGUGCGUGAAGGUGUUGUCAGGACAGGAAUAUGCUGCCAAGAUCAUAAACACCAAGAAACUUUCAGCUCGUGAUCACCAGAAGCUGGAUCGAGAGGCUCGGAUCUGCCGCCUCUUGAAACAUCCUAAUAUAGUGAGGCUCCAUGACAGCAUAUCAGAGGAGGCACACCACUAUCUGAUAUUUGACCUAGUCACAGGUGGAGAAUUGUUUGAAGAUAUUGUAGCCAGAGAAUAUUACAGUGAAGCAGAUGCCAGCCACUGCAUCCAGCAGAUCCUGGAGGCAGUCUUACAUUGUCACCAGAUGGGUGUGGUGCACCGGGAUUUAAAGCCUGAGAACCUUCUGCUGGCAUCUAAACUGAAGGGAGCUGCUGUUAAAUUGGCUGACUUUGGCCUUGCCAUUGAAGUGGAAGGGGAGCAGCAGGCUUGGUUUGGUUUUGCGGGCACUCCAGGUUACCUUUCCCCUGAAGUGCUCCGAAAGGAUCCCUAUGGCAAAGCUGUGGAUUUGUGGGCAUGUGGAGUUAUUCUCUAUAUUUUGUUGGUUGGCUACCCUCCUUUCUGGGAUGAAGAUCAGCACCGACUCUACCAGCAGAUCAAAGCUGGAGCCUAUGAUUUUCCCUCCCCUGAGUGGGAUACGGUCACUCCUGAAGCAAAAGACCUCAUCAACAAAAUGUUGACCAUCAACCCAUCUAAACGUAUCACAGCAGCUGAGGCUCUGAAGCACCCAUGGAUAUCACAUCGUUCCACUGUGGCGUCUUGUAUGCACAGACAGGAGACUGUGGAUUGCUUGAAGAAGUUCAAUGCCAGAAGGAAGCUCAAGGGUGCAAUCCUUACUACGAUGCUAGCAACCCGGAAUUUUUCUGGAGGAAAAGGUGGCAACAAGAAGAACGAUGGCGUGAAGAAAAGAAAGUCCAGUUCCAGCGUUCAGUUAAUGGAAUCUUCAGAGAGUACAAACACUACCAUUGAAGAUGAAGACACCAAAGUACGGAAACAGGAAAUCAUUAAAGUGACAGAACAGCUGAUUGAAGCAAUAAGCAAUGGUGACUUUGAGUCCUACACAAAAAUGUGUGACCCAGGAAUGACUGCCUUCGAACCAGAAGCUCUGGGGAACCUGGUGGAAGGGCUGGAUUUCCAUCGAUUCUACUUUGAAAACUUGUGGUCCAGGAACAGCAAGCCAGUGCACACAACCAUUCUGAACCCACAUAUCCACUUAAUGGGAGACGAGUCUGCCUGUAUUGCUUACAUCCGCAUUACACAGUAUGUUGAUACAAGUGGGAUCCCUCGCACCGCACAAUCUGAGGAGACCCGAAUUUGGCACCGCCGGGAUGGCAAAUGGCAAAUUGUUCACUUCCACAGAUCUGGAGCACCUUCUGUUCUACCGCAAUGCCAUGUCUUCCCUGUCCCACCUUCCGGUCCCACGGGCAUUGCAGAUUGAUGGAGUUCUGUGUUAUGCCCAUAUAGGUUAUGUGAGUUGAAACACCAACCACUCACAGGCCAGGUUUCUCACUGCCUCACUUCAAAAGGAAGAUCCUUGAUAUUCUUUAUCUAGGGAACUUGGCUGCUGACUCUACUACUUGGUUCUUGCUGGAAUUCCUUUCACACACAGAGCUCCUCACCAAAACAAACCAAGAAUUUAAUAGACUUUUCUCCUUCUUUUCCGCACGCUCCAUGUUUGCCACUUUUGUGCCAUUCUAGUAGAAUAGGGCAUGCCCUAGGGCCCUACUGCAUGAAACAGCUUUUUGUGUAAGAGGAGCACUCGAGCAAUAGGCUGAGAAGGAGUCUUUAACCCGUACUGGAUUCACUACUGCUAAAUGUCCUCAAAAUUGACAAUUUUUCUUACAGGGACAGGUUCUCCUUCAGUCUCUGUGAUUUCUACUAAGUCUUAAGAAGGGUUAGGAGAAAAGGGAGCACCCAGAGAGAACUUAAACAGCCAGCUGCCCCUACAGGUAGAUUGAUGUCCACCCAUCUUACUGCAUCAUAAUCUCAGUCAAGUUAUUUAUUUAAAAAUGUUUAUAAUCUAUCCUUCAUUAUCUAAAAUCCAGCCAGUUCAUAUUACCUCUACUAGGUUGAAUGUGGUCUUAUUCAGAGAGAAAAAACCCCAACAACAUUAACUUACCUUCCUUGAAAGUUACAUUUUGCAAUUGAGUCAACUGAUUUUCAUAACAAAAUGAUAGCAAUGUUGAUUUUAAAGGUUCACCUUUAGAGCCUGAGCGAAAGUAAACAGUUUACACUUCCUGCCAUGAUAAGGUGUCUAAAAGUUAAUAAAAUCUCAAAAAGGCCAGGAUGAUGGUUAGACACCCUCCCCCUUUUUAAUGCAAUGACAAUUUUCUAGCAUCAGAAAAGCUUCACUGCAGUCUAAUACAAUAUACUAACGUCCUUUAUCCAUGGUCAGCUUGGAAAUAGCAUUCUGCAUACAUAUACGGUUUCACCUGGCACUGAAUUUGACUUCAUUUUACAACUACCAUUUCUGAACAAUUCUGAAUCAUUCUUUUCUUUGCCUUCUCCAAGACUUAGUUUCAUAAAAAGUCAAACAGGAAACAUGACAGUAUUUGUAGCUUCCCCCGGUAAUGUAAAAUAUAUUUUGAGGCCAAACUCUUUCCAGCAAAGACAGAGAAUGCAAGCUUUACUAAAAAAACACUUUUGAGGCAUUUGGGUUACGCUUUUAACAAACAAAAUGAAACCUUUCGCUAUCUCUUGUACUUUGAGCGCAUGCCUUUUUAUAGGAAAAAAAAGAAAAAGACAACUCUUCCGUGUUAUUUCGUAAAUGGAUUUUGAGUAUUUGCUGAAAUUGAUCUUUAUGUAAUAUCUAGAAAUAUCAACUGUUUGGGUUUGUGGCUGAUUUUUAAUGAGGUUGGGGAUGGGGUGGGGCUUAAUAUGUUAUUGUUUACAUUUGGAACUGACUUUGUGUCAAAUUGUUAUUGAAAGUGCAAGAGGGUACAAGAUUUGAGAAGCAGGGGCAUGACUUCUGAUGUGGGUUUCUGGAAAAUCUCAUGGAGAGUUGGAUAUCUUAUGGUUGGAAAUCACAAGAUAUCUUCAGUUGGAAAUCCGAAUGGUGCAUUCUAAUGGAUCCCAAUGGAGAUGGAGGAAACUUCUGAACUGGGCUCAAAGGACAGCAUGUGAAUGUCAGAGUCAGCUUGGACAAAAUGCAGGAAUGGAUUCUUCCCAAGGCCUGAAAAUCUUUUGGAACAAUAAAUGGAUAGUCAGGAUGUUUCCCUGAGAUCGGCGCUGUGUCAUUUUGAUGGACAUGGAGGGCUGAAAGACUUCUAUUUUUGGCAUCACCUUCUUGCCUUCCGGUAUAGGUUUGGGAAGUGUGAUGGUUGUUACUUUUUGUUUCUAUUCCCCUUUUAUUUUCUCCCUUCCAAUUUUAAAGGUCUUUACUCUUUGAUGUGAGCUGGACUUCCGUGCACUUCUACGACCAGAACUUAUAAAUGGCACUUUCUUCAUUUGCAUGACAUUUAACUUUAUAAGCAGCUAUGUGUACUUCAAAGCAAACAAAAUGCUUGUUUGGGGUCAAUAACAACAAAAAUUGGGUAAGACUCUUUGUAUAAAUUGUGAAUGGUGUAAUUUUGCCUUUUCUGUGCUUUGAAAUGCUUCGCUUUCCAUCUUGUAAGGCAGGGUGGACUUCUGCCAUUCUUAAACCAUGUUUGCAAACUGCAAGAAUUAAGUUCCCAUUGGAGCUGAGGGAGAGAAGAGGUUGGAAGCCCAUUUGACAGAAUUUGUUUGUUUUAAAGAGGGUUUUACAUGUGACUUGGGUUCAGAUGAGGUGUAAAGAUACCACCUACAAGUCCAAGUACAUGAUUCAAUCAUCAAAGUCAUGUUGACCCUUAAUGGAAUUACAAAUAAUUAUGCUGAAAUGACACAUUGAGUUGAAAGGGGCUUUCAUACAAAUUAGAAUUUUUACACCUUCCAUGGCUACAGAUUUUAAGUAAAGACAUUUGCUUCUUGGUCCACUACAACAAACAGCAUUUAAAAUCACUAUGGGAGCCAUUUAUUGUUACGGGAUAUACACUACCAUGGACAUUUUUGAUCUGCCGGGGCCCACUCUUUUAAACCUUUAUUCUGAGCUUGGUCAAACCUUCUGAAUGGAUUAAGGUUCUUUGAGACUAACAUAAAUGUGAGUCUCCUUUUGAGUGUGAAUUGUGUUCUAAGUUUACUGCUCUAAAAAUUGCUGGCCUCUGAACUAUUUAUGUGGCCUUCACCAAAAAAAACUCUUGAUGAGGUGGUGGAUCUGGAAUAUUUGUUGCUGAUGCUUACUUGAUAGGCUAGCUGGUCUGGAUUGUAUCAUGCGAGGGCUUUGCACCCAGAAUAUUAUGCAUGACUGGUCUUUCAGAAGCAAAAGAAAUCUUCUUGCCCAUGUCUACUAUCUAGCAUUACAUUGUUAAUCUGGGCCAUGGUAAUACUGCACAUCAUAUGAGUUAUUAUUUUGUAGUUUCCAGUGUCAUUUCUGAAGGCAAGCUUGCUCAGUACUUCAGCGCCCAGAGAAGCAGGUUUCUAGCAGAGCCUGAUCUUUCUUUAAGUCUUCCAGUAAAGAAGGGACUCUGACAGGUAAAAAAGUAUUCCAGCCUCUUUACAUUUUGUUUUGGUCCCUGGAAAUCGGACUUAAGCACCCGCACUUUAUGGAGGGACUUCCUAUACCGUGGGCUGCAUUUCAAUGCCCUCUUGUGCAUCCUUCACCUUGAGUUGCCAUUGAUGCUUAUAAAGCUCACUUUUAUAAUAAAAGCAUAAACACCUCAAUUUUUCUCUAAUCUAUAUACUUAUCUUUGGAAAUCCCCACCGGCCAUUUUACCCUUUCCGAUCACAUCAAGUCGCCUUUUCUUGCAAAGACACUUUCAAUUGACUAUCAUGAAAACCAACUUACCUCCGAAACUUUCAGUGGAGCCCACAGGCAUGACAAUUUCCCCCUCUGAAAUGUUCGUUCUGGUUGCCUCAGCUGAAAGAGCCAGUAGUUUGAUUCUUUUCUGAGGGCUGAGCUCUGUUUUUCACAAAUAUGUUUGCCUCGAGUCUACAUCAGGUAUCUGUCCAGCCAUACUCUGAAAUUGUCCCCAUUUGGCAGAGACAAUUCCAAUCAAUCCUCUGUCAUCCCGCUUGUUGAGACCCUUUUAGGAUGUCCCAGUUUCUCUCUCCUCCUUUCACUUCCCCCCUUUGUUCUCACCUUACUGAAGUUGCUACAGACUGAGUUCCACGUGUAAGCGUAGUUUGAGCUCCCUUAAAUAAGCAGUGGGGAGAAGAGAUGAGGGGAGAGUUUUUCCCUUUCCAGUAGACUAAGACAGAAGCAAACUGCUGCCCAUUCCUCAUGCUAGGCUGUAAGAGUGCUUCCUAUUUCGGUUAUGCCUCUGUAUUAGCCUGAUGAGUGCAACACCUAAAUUAAGUAAGAGGAGAUGCUAUUGGGUGACAAACUACCAGGAUUUUCAUGGCUAUUAAGCCAAACCUGCAAUAACCACUUGCCUUUGAGAGCAAAUAAAUCACAAACUGCAGCUGUCUCAGUUUGUCAGGAGUAGUCAUUCUCAGCAAACUGUUGCAGUCUCUCCUAGUUUAUAUGUGGUUCUUCAUUAUUAACACUCUGAUUAUGCUUGGUUACACAUGUCCCCAUUUCCAUCGGUGAAAUGUUUGGGGGGAAAAUUAGCUAUGACUGGGGAAGAAACUCUAUUUUAAAAUCAGUCUAUCACACAGUUUGUAUUACUAACACAGCAUAUCUGUUUUGUUUGAGUUCAUUGUUUUGUACCCCCAUGGUAGCCUUUCCCAGCACAUUCUUGCCCUUGCUUGAAAUGGACAAAGCGGCUUCUGCUGGCACAACAGAGCCUGAGCUUCUUCGCCAUUCCCCACCUCCAUUUUGUAGACUAUAUCAAAGUUACUGUAUUGAAAGGCAGCACAUUUGCAUUUGUGUGCAUAUAAUUUUAUCCAAAAAUGGGGGAAAAUGACCUUAGUCAAUGAUCCUGAACAGUACGAAUCAUGUAUGCAUAACAAAGCAGCAAUGAGCAAUAAAGAUGCAAUAUUGACAGAGGAGAGGGAUAAGGAAGGACAUACUAAUCCAAAACGCAGUCUUAUCAAAGUGUGAGGAGAUUUGAUUGGGACAUUAUUAGAAUCAAAACCAGGGUUAAGGUGUCUAUCUACCUGUCCUUUGUCUAACUAUAUGGAAUAAUCUCCCCAUACAAAAAAAAUCUAGAUGGCUUAAUUCAGGGACUACAGAUAUCUGGCAAAAUGAGCAAAGCAGAAAGAACUUUGGCGAUCUCAUGUAGCUUAUUCUGAAAAGAUUGCUCUUUCUAGAAAUUCCCCUAAACCACUUUGACCUGAACUUAGCACAAUUGGACAAAUGUAAACCCAUUGCUUUUAAAAUAGUUUAAGCAGCCUCAGUUUUGUCGUUGGAGUUAGACCCCUGUAGACAGUGGUUCUCAACCUGUGGGUCCCCGGGUAUUUUGGCCUUCAACUCCCAGAAAUCCCAGCCAGUUUACCAGCUGUUAGGAUUUCUGAGAGUUGUAGGCCAAAACAUCUGGGGACCCACAGGUUGAGAACCACUGCUCUGUAACAGGAAACUGAUGAGGGAGGGAGCGGGUAUGUUAAACCAGAAUAAUCCAUAGCAAAUUAUUUUUGUUACAAAUUCUAAUUGAAAUUAUACUGAUGGAACAGAAAAAACCAUCAAAUUAUUUUCUAGUUAUGGGGAAUCUGAAGCAAAGCAAAAGAUCCUAUGCUCUUACGUGGCUUCCCACCUACCUGGGCAUAUAGGUUGUCUUUCCUCCGAUUUUCCUGUAUGUUAUUACUGUUCUUAGGACAAGAUGCACUCCUUCUCCUCAGUUCUUGCAUGACUGCAAACUAGCCACCUUUUGUCCUUUUUUUGUUUUUUGUAUGGUUAAAUCUAUGGGAAGGCAGAGUUUGGGAUUAUUAUUUUUUUCUAACUGUUGCACAAUUUUAUGGCUUUUGUAACUUUUGGGGGGACAAGCAGGAAACAUUAAGUGUUUAAAAAUGAAACUAUAAAUGUAUAUACAAAUAUAUAUAUAUAUAUAUACAUAUCAAAUCUCUAUGGAAAUAUUUAUUUCACACGAAUGCAAAAAAAGGGAAAGGGGAAUAGAAAAAGCAGCUUUGUAAUGUAAAGAAAUAAACUUCCGAGAGUGUCCCUCUCAUGUUUGUUAACUUGAUGUGACUAGAAUAUUUCAAAAUUCUGCAGUAUCUUUUGUAAGUGAAUCAGAAAUGUAAAGCAGUGUGACUGUGUUGGAUUCUUUGUUCUGGUUUUUUGAAGCUGUGGCUGUGAACAAAAUGAUCACUGCUAUAAAAAAAUAUGCUACUUUUGGGGGGAGGGCUUGUCCGUUUUAUUCUUGGUGUUUCAAGUGCAAUAAAAUAGCUACAAACUCCUGUCCUGAGUAUGAAAAACACUAGUUCUCACUAAAUGACUUGCACUUUG